AGAGAAUUCUGAACGACCGACCGCUUUCGCCGGUACGAGAUGAUGUGAGGGAUUUUGACGUGUUAACUCCAAAUAAACUGCUAUUAUUGGGCGAAGUAAUCCCGGUUUAGGAGAAGGGUGCAUAGGUCCGAGACCCAUGAUUAAAAGAUGGAGACAAGCUAAGCAUCUGAAGGAUAUGUUUUGGAAGAGAUGGUUUAAAGUGUAUAUACUAACUCUCCAGUCAAGAGAUAAAUGGAAGAAGACAUUUCAAAACUUGCAAGUUGGUGAUGUGAUCUUAGUUUCGGAUAAGACUUCUACAGGUAAAUGGCCUCUAGGAGUAAUAGAAGGAGUAAUAUGCAGUAAUGAUGGGUUGGUGAGGACAGUGGAAGUGAGGACAAAAUAUGGCACGCUGACGCGAGAUAUUCGAAAAUUAUGCUUGCUUGAAGUGUUAGAGGACAGAUCAGAGAUUGGACAAUCCGACGAUUUUCCAACUUAGGGAGUCAACCUGAGAAAGGUUGUAGGCGUACUGCUGUAAGUCCUACAAUUCUUCAAGGGUAGCUCGUCAAGGCAGAAUCCACAACAUUUGAUGUAUUGAUUAUACAUAUAUUUGUGUUAAGUAAUUGAGUGGG